AUAAGAUAUUUUUUAUUUUUUAUCAGGCUUAUCAUUCUAGUAUAAAAGAUUUCCAGCAACUAACUGGAAAUAUGGCAAUACUUCCAAUAAAGUCUCAAUACAAAGGUCCUGCACCUUUGCUCAGCCCUACAACUGCUGAAAUGGAUAUAAUAGACGAGUCAUUAUCUUUUUUUAAAGCAAAUGUAUUUUUUAGAUCUUAUGAAGUUAAGAGUGAAACUGAUCGCGUUGUGAUUUACAUUACUUUAUACAUAACUGAGUGCUUAAAAAAACUUCAGAAAUGUCAAAAUAAAGAUCAAGGAAUGUCUGAAAUGUAUUCAUUGGCACUUUAUAGAUUCGAUAUACCUGGAGAGGCUGGAUUUCCAUUAAACUCAGUUUAUGCUAAACCGUCAUCAGCUGGUGAAGCAGAUGUUAUGCGACAAUAUUUGGAACAAUUACGAAAAGAAACUGGUAGACGAGUUUGCGAAAAAGUAUUUUCAACUGAUGAUGGCAAACCAUCUAAAUGGUGGUUGUGUUUUGCUCGUAAGAAGUUUAUGGAAAAAUCAUUGCUUGCUCCAGGUCAAUAAUCUAUUCAGAAAUUAAUAAGAACUCGUAUUAAAAUAUUUAUUGGCUAAGCAAACUAUUGAUACAUACUUUAUUUUUGUAUUAAUGUCUGCUUUUUAUCAAUAAUUAUUAAAACAUA